AGGCCCGAGACAUGUAUGCAGAGGAGCGGAAGAGGCAGCAGCUGGAGAGGGACCAGGCUACAGUGACAGAGCAGCUGCUGCGAGAGGGGCUCCAAGCCAGUGGGGACGCCCAGCUCCGGAGGACACGCUUGCACAAACUCUCGGCCAGACGGGAAGAGCGAGUCCAAGGCUUCCUGCAGGCCUUGGAACUCAAGCGAGCUGACUGGCUGGCCCGUCUGGGCACUGCAUCAGCCUGAGUGAGGCUGGCCACCU